GAUCGCAUAUUGCCAAAGCUGUUUUAAAAGGUACGCCAUUGACGUCAGCGCUUGAACGCACACUGAUAAUUCAUACACCAGUGACCGUGGUGGAUAUCUCUCCACCAUGAUCCACCCGCCAAACAUCUACUUGGUUGGUGCCCAUUGUACAGGCAAGACGACCCUCCAUGGGGCGCUGAAAAAUUAUCUAUCGACCAACAUAGCUUCUUUUGCGAUAAAUACAAAAGGGCCAAAGAGUGUUGAUGAGGUUGUCCGACACGUCAUGCGCACAGACGGCUUCUCUGCAGUCCAUGUCAGACAGCCAAAUGCGGGGCUAGAGCUGCAGAAGCGCACUCUUCGGGCUCAGUUCGAGACUGAAAUGAAACUGGACGAAAGCUGGUUUAUUUCAGACAGAUCUGGAAUCGACCCGAUCGUAUACGCCGGCUUUUUUCUCGGACAAUCUGCGGCAGAGGAGCUCACCGCACUUGAGGAAUGGCAUAUACUCAAGGAGCGGAUGAAGAACGCACUUGUCAUUGUCUGCGAGCCGGGCAAUGAGAGUUGGCUAACUAGCGAUGGAGUCAGGAUGAAAUGUUAUGACACCGAGGAAUGGAGAUCACUCGGUCGGGCGUUUCGUGCAGCCCUCCAAAAGCAUGGCAUCAAAUUUGUAGCCAUCCCGCGAGAAUUGGAGAACUUGGAACAGCGGGUGCAUUUCGUUGAAAGUCUUCUCAGAUCUACCUGCUGAAUUUUAUCUGUGUCAUCAAACAUGUCGACAUAUUCAACAUGUGGAUCGCUACCUGACGAUAUGUACUGACCGUUGUCGGGGGGCACAAAUCCUGUCCUGUAGAACCAAAGCUCAAUUGUACGCUCGGAAAUGCAGGGAAGGAGGAAAUCCCCACUCUCCUGGCGCAAAGCAACUACCGGCUUCACCAAAGAGAGGCUUAA